GCGAUCAUCAGCCACCAUGCUGGCCCUUCCAUCCUAGAUUGCACAACCACCUUCGUCCACCCAGCAGUUGUGACCAUUAUCGAAAGUAUGAUGACGGAAUGGUCGAACUGCCAGUGCCAGUGCGUCUUCGACGGGCAAUUGUCCUCAACGAUGUCUUGCUGGUCAAGCGCAUAAUCAGGAACAAUUUGGCUUAUUUGUAUAAUCCGGAUUUCGCCGAUAAGAGCAAUACCUCGUUGCAUCUCGCGGCCCUUCAUGGACAUGUUGAUAUCGUUAGACUCCUCAUCGCCCUCGGUCACGACUCCUGCACCCCCAUCCUCCUCAAAACAGGCGACGACUCCGCUCCAGGAAUCAGCCUAAACACCGACUCCGAAACACCUCUCCAUCUCGCCGCCGCCAACGCCCACCCUGCCUGCGUCCAUUACCUCUGCCAUGCCUUCCCACACGCAAUUGACUGGCCCGACCGAAACGGCAUGACUCCGCUGAUGCUAGCCGCGCAGAGCUCGAAUCCCGCAAAUAUCAUUCCGCACGACCCAUCGCUCAUCGAGCCACGCUCAUCGCGGGCCCGCGCUGCUUCGUCUGCGUCGGCCGCUGAAGACACAUCCACGCUGAGCGUGUUACUCUCGCAUCGCGCGUCUGUGACAUGUGUUGAUUUUGCCGGGAACACAGCCCUGCAUCAUGCGAGUGCGUGGGGGAACUUGAAAGCCGUAAGGGUGCUUUUGGCAUCCGGAGCGCAGCCGUUGGCGCUGAACAAGGCGAGUUAUACGCCGCUCGAUUACUCCAUUUCGGGGCAAGCAGCGCAGUAUUAUAAGAAUUUGAUUGUGUGGAGAGAGGAAGAUGAGAUUGAGGACGAAGUAUCUGGAGAGGAAGGAGAAAGAAAAGAAGAUGAUGAUGAUGAAGAAGAGGACGAUGAUGAUGACAACGACGAUGAGGAAGAAGAAGAAGAACCGCGUCAACAUGUCCCGGUCGCGAAACCGGUUAUAAAUGGUGCUGUGCCGAAGACUUCUACACAGACGUUCCCGGGUAUCAGACUCGUUACUGAAGAUGACGAGUGAGAAAAGGAUAUAUAUAUACGCACACAUUCACAGGACAAGAAAAAGGCAGCCAAAGCUGUCUGUCCCUGUUCGAUAGCCAUCCCCCGCUUUCUUCCCCCUGGCGUCUAUUUCUUUUCUUGCUGAAUUAUAUAGAUCGGACUUACAGCACAAGCCCCCUGGCGUCUCAACAUCUAUCAAGCAUCGCAUCUGCAGGAGUUGUAUUUUUGAAUUCAGUUCUAUAUUUUGCUUUCUGUCUUUUUUUUUUCUCUCUUCCCUUAUUUUUGUCAUACAUGUUUUCAGCGACGGUUCAAAUUUUUGUCUUUGGUAUUGCAUGCAUGGGUUUUCCAUUCUGUAUAUAAUUAGAACUUAGAAAUGUCAAUAGACUCCUAGGAGUUGGAGUGUUAAGAG